GCACGAGGUGUCACACUCCCAGCACGCGAGCCUUUCUUCAGCCCAGAGAUUCAGCGCGAACUCGAAGCACUCCGUCUCCCUCGUUCCAUUCACCUCAACUACCUCAAGCCUCUCAAGCGCACACCAACCCACGGUGUCCCCGCCGCCGAUCUUCAACUACGCUCCUACAGCGUGCGCAACCUCGAAUUCUUUGCCGACUUCGCUCUUCGCGCCGCUUACUACCUCAAUCUCCCUGCCAAGGGCCCUGUGCCGCUUCCCAAGAUCACCGAGCGCUGGACCGUUCCCAGAUCCAACUUCGUUCACAAGAAGAGUCAGGAAAACUUCGAGCGUAUCACAUUGAGGAGAUUGAUCCAAAUUCAAGAUGGACACCCCGAGGUUGUGCAGAUCUGGCUGGGUUUCUUGCAAAAGUACGCUUACUACGGCGUGGGUAUGAAGGCGAAUGUGUGGGAGUACUCAAGUCUGGACGUCAGCAAAGAGAUGGACGAGCAGGCUGAAAAGGCAAAGGCUUCGAUUGACGAGAGAUUGAAGUUGUUCGGUAGACGCAGCGACCGCAUCAACGAUGCUGACGUUGAUGGCAUGAUCCACGACAACAUCUUCAAGGGUGCUUCGGGUUCCCUGGCACCCAUGGGUACCUACGGCAAGUCCAACUAA